AUAUUUUUCCACCAAAUACGUCGUGUAGCAAAACGUCAACUUUCGUUUACAAUUUACAUUUAUUCCGAAAAUAAAAAUAUCUAUGUACCGUAAGCUCUAAAUAUUUAGUGAUUUGUUUGUAUUUUAAAUGUUAAAAUGAAUCGAAGCGAGGGUUUAGUGCAACGAAGAAACAUUGUAAAGGAUAUCAAUUCGGACGGAACAGUAAAGGAAAACCACGACGUCGAUGAUAAGAAAAAUGAUAAAAAUUAUGAUGACGGGGAUUCAAAGGAAACUCGAUUGACUCUAAUGGAAGAAGUGUUACUGUUAGGGCUCAAGGACAAAGAAGGUUACACGUCAUUUUGGAAUGAUUGCAUAUCCAGCGGUCUGAGAGGAUGUAUCCUCAUCGAACUUGGGUUAAGAGGUCGCGUUGAACUAGAAAGAGCUGGUAUGAGAAGAAAAGGAUUGCUAUCUAGGAAAGUCAUUGUAAAAUCAGACACUCCUACUGGUGAUGUGCUACUAGAUGAGGCUUUGAAACAUAUAUCAGGCACUGAUCCUCCUGAAACUGUGCAAAGUUGGAUAGAAUAUCUUAGUGGUGAAACAUGGAAUCCUAUGAAGCUCAAAUAUCAACUAAAGAAUGUACGUGAGAGACUGGCAAAGAAUCUUGUUGAAAAGGGAGUGCUAACAACUGAGAAGCAAAACUUUCUAUUAUUUGACAUGACUACACAUCCUCUAACUGAUAAUGUCGUCAAAUGCCGCUUAGUCAAAAAGGUUCAAGAGGCGGCACUGCGCCGUUCAAUCACUGACGUAGCACACGCUGAUAAGCGGUCACUGGCGCUUUUAAUGCUCGCUCAUUCGGCGGACGUUUUGGAGAACGCUUUUGCCCCACUGUCAGACGAGGACUAUGAGUUGGCCACGCGACGCGUGCGAUCAUUACUCGACUUGGAUUUUGAAGCUGAGGCCAUGCGGCCUGAUGCCUGCGAGAUAAUGUGGGCGGUAUUUGCGGCGUUCACUAAAUAGCGGUAACUUACACUACAUUAACCACUGGCAACUAAAAUAAAAAAAUAUUGCCUAUGCCAGAGACAUAAUAAUUUAAUUCAGUGAAAAACAUCAGUCUCUGGUUUUCAUUCUUCUCUGGGUUCCAGAGACAAAUUCAAAGGAAAUUAGUAUUACACUUCAUUGAAACCAUGAAAUUUACAGACACUCUGUUAUUUGCACUGACAUUUUUUUGUAGGCAUUUGACGUGGAAAUUUGGAUGAUCAAUUAUUGCAGCACUAACAUUCAAACGUAGUCAAUAAUUGGAUAAGCAAAUUUAAUUUUAUAGGACGUCAAAAAUUAAGAUGAAUCCAGUCAUUCAGACGUGGUACACAUAAUUUUAUUGAAAGCAAACAAUAAAAAAACAUGUUUAGACCAAUUUGUAAAAUGAAAUGAUUGUUUUUUUAAAUAUAAUUGUCUACACUUAGGUUUAUGUUUUGUUUAAAUUAAUAGUUUAGUAUAUAUAUAUGUGUCUACUUAAUAUACUUAUUAUGAGUAUGAAACAGUAUAAGAUGUUGACUGUAAUACUUGUAAAUUUUUAUGUUUUUAAAAGAUACUUGUUUCACUCAUUUGUAAUAUUUAUUUUUAUAUCUACUGGGUACUACUAAUCUAUUGUAUUUUUAUUUAGACUAUAUGAUUAUCGAUAAAUUUUCUUAGUGAAUUGAUUAUUGGGUUAGAUUGGUAACAUUAUUUUGGAGUUUAUACGAAAUGUAUGUGAACACCUCAAUGUUCCAAGGCUUGGACUUUUGCCUGUCAUAACCGCCGUGAUAUAAAAUAGGAAAACUGAGAAAGGACUUAAAUAACUUUUAUCUGAUUUCCAUAUUAGUAUUUGUGAGUUUUAAAAUUUAUUGUUAUCAUUUAAUUUGCUGCAUUAGGUAGUUGUGUGAUGUUAAGUAUUUAGGUAAUUUCGUGGUGAAGCUGUACGUGGUGUUGCAUAAUGACUUCCCAGGCGACUGAUUUUUUUUUUUAUCCACCAAACCAUGUGUUUGUAGGAUUGACAGUUAUAGUGCACCAUCGUAUGUAUUAGACUCAUCAACUCUUUAUUAAAUUUGUUAGUUUCAUUUAACCUUAUUACGUUGACUUUAUAUACGUUUAGAUUUUGUAAAUUUAAACAGGGCCACGAGAAAAAAAUCUGAAAUAAAAUUUAGA